AGAUUUAAUACAAACCAACAACAGGCCUUACCACUCACGCAUCCUUUUCGCCAACUUCUUACCAGCGGCAUACAAACUUCUCUUCCUUGUAGCUCAACCACUCAUCUUACUAUCAACUAUGGCCACCACCUACGAGGAGUUCGCGGCGAAGCUCGACCGCCUGGACGAGGAGUUCAGCAAGAAGAUGCAGGAGCAGAACGCCAAGUUCUUCGCGGACAAACCGGAUGACUCGACCCUGUCCCCUGAGAUGAAGGAGCACUACGAGAAGUUCGAGAAGAUGAUCCAGGAGCACACGGAGAAGUUCAACAAGAAGAUGCACGAGCACUCGGAGCACUUCAAGCAGAAGUUCUCUGAGCUGCUGGAGCAGCAGAAGAACGCGCAGUACCCCGGCAAGUAG